AUGCGCGCGGCCAACGCCUCGGAGGCGAUCGUCGAGCGCAUCAUCGCCACGCACCUCCGUCCCGGCAUCGCCAACCUCGCGCCUGGGACGGCGCACUGGUCGCCGCCCGAGCGCCUCGUCGAGGCGGCGCUGCGCGGCGACGGCGGGUAUGGCGACAUCCGCGGCGAGCCGGCGCUGCUGGCAGCGCUGCGCGAGGAGCACGGGCGCGAGCACGUCAUGGUGACACCCGGCGCCAACCAGGCGUUCGUGCACGCGCUGCUGUCCACCUGUGACGUCGGCGACGAGGUGCUUCUCUGGCGGCCCUACUACUUUUCGCACCUGGUCGCGCUUCAGCUCCUCGGCCUUGUGCCUGUCUUCGCCGACUGCGACGAGCGAGGCGAGCCGACGCACGACCUACAUCAAUGCCAUCAACAGUGCAGCCUCUGCUCUCCACUACGGGUAGGCCUGCCGACGCCCGGCGCCGUGCGCGCCUCCGCCUCGCGCCCCGGCGGCCGGCUGAGGGCGGUGGUGCUGGUCUCCCCGAGCAACCCGACCGGCGCCGUCUGCCCGGCUGAGCUCGUGCGAGAGCUGGGCGAGGCCUGCGCGCAGGCGUACGAGCACUUCACCUACGGCGCGGCGGAGCACGCCUCGGCGGCAGAGCUGUGCGAGGCGGGCGGAGGCGAGCUGCUCCUGUGCCUGCGCACCUUCUCAAAGUCGUACGGCCUGGCGGCGUGGAGGGUCGGCCACCUGUCCUACCCGCACCAGCUGCACGACGCGAUGCUCAAGGCGCGAGAUCACGCGAGAUCGCCCGAGAUCGCCCGAGAUUGCACGACGCGAUGCUCAAGGCGGUGGGACGCGCCGCCCACGCGCACGCGCGGGGGCUGGUGCAGCAAUGGGUGGUGGAUGUGUGGGCAGGCGCUGGAAGGGCUCGGCGAGGCGUGGGUUGCGACACUCGAGCCGGCGCGGGCGAUGUUGUGGGAGGCGCUGGCGCCGCUGCGCGGCGGGGGGGGCGCCUUGCAGCCCGCCGGCGCAUUCUACUACUUUGUGAGGCUGCCCGGCUGCAGCUCGCGCGGCGCCCGGGUGCUGGGCGAGGGAGGCGAGGGCGGCGAGGCGGCGGAGGAGGAGCGCAGCGGCCUGCUGCACGCCUCGCGCCUUGCCGACUGCGAGGCGGAGGAGGAGGCGGUGCGGCGGCUCGCGGCGGAGCACGAGCUGCUCACGCUGCCUGGCUCGGCCUUUGGGCGGCCCGGCCACCUCCGCCUCUCGUACGGCCGCCUCGCGAGCGCGGAGGAGGCGGAGCCGAUCGCUGAGAGGCUGCUUCGCGCCGCGGAGGCGCUCCGAGCGCGUUGGGGCGAGACCUGA